CUGUUGGUACUCUAACGCUAGCGCCACCUAUGUUGUUUUUCUUAACUAUCUUCGUUGUCUACUUUUUUAUCAGUACAUUUUCAGUGCUCCAAAAACUCAUCAUUUCGUAUACAUGAUAAUAACAAUUUUUUCGAAAUAAGUCAUUUUCUCAUCAUAUAAAUUCAUUUAUUAUCAAUAAUUCUACAAUGAAUAAAGAAAUACGUUUAAUCGGUAUACCUGUGCAAAAACUCACUGAACGUAAGUUACCAAAAGUGAAAGAGGUUAUGAGAGUGUUUUUCUAUCAACUUAAAGUUUUAAAGUUUUCAAUCAAACAAAGUGCAAAAAAUUCAGCUGACAAGGUUAUUGAAUUGUGGAAAAUAAAUCAGAUCCCUACGAGUGGAGCUUCUAAUGUAGUCAAAAAAAUUCUCCGUUUUCAUAGUGAGUGGUUGAAAUUACAAAAAGAUUUUAAUCAGAAAAGUGAUAAGGUAAAGGAAAAGGAGUUUCAGACUGAUCUUGAACAAUUAUUCGACAUUGUAAGUAAAAAUUCCCUAAAAGGGGUGGAUGAUAACAUUAGGAAGUUGUAUUUGGAUCAAAAAUUCUGUACACACAAAGAGAUUCUUUCGAAUAUUGUACCUGCGUCAAACUCAACUACAGAUAUGAUGGAAAUAGAUGAAAGCAACUUGAAUCAACCGUCUACCAGUCAUGGGAUUGUUUUAAGUGGAAAAUCAGAAUCAUUCUCGACGCAUACAUUAAGUGGAACUACAAAUUCUGGAUCUGAUUUGGAGUAUGAACCCCCAAUUCCGACAAAACGAGCAAAAAUAAAUGUCUUAACUCCUGAAGUCGUUUCUGCACUUGACAGAGCUAAUGUCAGCAGUAGAAACGCGAUGUUCAUUAUUGCUCCGGUUUUAUCAGCUGUUGGUAUAAAAAUUGAAGAUACAACGCUCAGCUAUAGGUCCAUCCAACGAGCUCGUAUGGUUCAAAGAAAAGACAUUGCUCAAGGAUUAAAAGACAAUUUUAAAACACACGAUAAAUACGUAGUGCAUUGGGAUGGUAAUGCUGAAUGA